AGCGCUUCCUGGGAGGCACCUAGGGACCUGGCCAGCCGUGGGGCUGCCCAGGCGCUAUGGCGAGCGCGGCCAGGGGAUCGAGGCCGUGGCCCCGGCUGGGGCUCCAGCUCCAGUUCGCGGCGCUGCUGCUCGGGACGCUGAGUCCACAGGUUCAUACUCUCAGGCCAGAGAGCCUCCUGCUGGUGUCCACCUUGGAUGGAAGUCUCCAUGCACUGAGCAAACAGACAGGGGACCUGAAGUGGACUCUGAAGGAUGAUCCCGUCAUCCAAGGACCAAUGUACGUCACAGAAAUGGCCUUUCUCUCUGACCCAGCUGAUGGCAGCCUGUACAUCUUGGGGACCCAAAAACAACAGGGAUUAAUGAAACUGCCAUUCACCAUCCCUGAGCUGGUUCAUGCCUCUCCCUGCCGCAGCUCUGAUGGGGUCUUCUACACAGGCCGGAAGCAGGAUGCCUGGUUUGUGGUGGACCCUGAGUCAGGGGAGACCCAGAUGACACUGACCACAGCGGGUCCCUCCACCCCCCGCCUCUACAUCGGCCGAACACAGUAUACAGUCACCAUGCAUGACCCAAGAGCCCCAGCCCUGCGCUGGAACACCACCUACCGCCGCUACUCAGCGCCCCCCAUGGAUGGCUCACCUGGGAAAUACAUGAGCCACCUGGCGUCCUGUGGGAUGGGCCUGCUGCUCACUGUGGACCCAGGAAGUGGGGCAGUGCUGUGGACACAAGACCUGGGCGUGCCUGUGAUGGGCGUCUACACCUGGCACCAGGACGGCCUGCGCCAGCUGCCGCAUCUCACCCUGGCUCGAGACACUCUGCAUUUCCUCGCCCUCCGCUGGGGCCACAUCCGACUGCCUGCCUCAGGCCCCCAGGACACAGCCACCCUCUUCUCUGCCUUGGAUACCCAGCUGCUGAUGACGCUGUAUGUGGGGAAGGAUGAAACUGGCUUCUAUGUCUCUAAAGCACUGGUCCACACAGGAGUGGCCCUGGUGCCUCGUGGACUGACCCUGGCCCCCACAGAUGGCCCCACCACAGAUGAGGUGACACUCCAAGUCUCAGGAGAGCGAGAGGGCUCCCCCAGCACUGCUGUUAGAUACCCCUCAGGCAGUGUGGCCCUCCCAAGCCAGUGGCUGCUCAUUGGACACCACGAGCUACCCCCAGUCCUGCACACCACCAUGCUGAGGGUCCAUCCCACCCCGGGAGGUGGAACUGCAGAGACAAGACCCCCAGAGAACACCCAGGCCCCAGCCUUCUUCUUGGAGCUAUUGAGCCUGAGUCGAGAGAAACUUUGGGACUCUGAGCUGCAUCCAGAAGAAAAGAUUCCAGACUCUUACCUGGGGCUGGGACCCCAAGACCUGCUGGCAGCUAGCCUCACUGCUGUCCUCCUGGGAGGGUGGAUUCUAUUUGUGAUGAGGCAGCAGCCGCAGGUGGUGGAGAAGCAGCAGGAGACCCCCCUGGUACCUGCAGACUCUGCUGACAUCUCCCAGGAUGCCCAGUCCCUGCACUCGGGGGUCACCCUGAGGAGCAAGAAGAGGCUUCAAAAUCCCUCAAAGCAAGUCCAGCCACUCGACGACCCGGAAGCUGAGCAACUCACCGUAGUGGGGAAGAUUUCCUUCAAUCCCAAGGACGUGCUGGGCCGCGGGGCAGGCGGGACUUUCGUUUUCCGGGGACAGUUUGAGGGACGAGCAGUGGCUGUCAAGCGGCUCCUCCGCGAGUGCUUUGGCCUGGUUCGGCGGGAAGUUCAACUGCUGCAGGAGUCUGACAGGCACCCCAAUGUGCUCCGCUACUUCUGCACCGAGCGGGGACCCCAGUUCCACUACAUUGCCCUGGAGCUCUGCCGGGCCUCCUUGCAGGAGUACGUAGAAAACCCGGACCUGGACCGCGCGGGCCUGGAGCCCGAGGUGGUGCUGCAGCAGCUGAUGUCUGGCCUGGCCCACCUGCAUUCCUUACACAUAGUGCACCGGGACCUGAAGCCAGGCAAUAUUCUCAUCACCGGGCCUGACAGCCAGGGCCUGGGCAGGGUGGUGCUUUCAGACUUCGGCCUCUGCAAGAAGCUGCCUGCUGGCCGCUGUAGCUUCAGCCUCCACUCCGGCAUCCCCGGCACGGAAGGCUGGAUGGCGCCCGAGCUCCUGCAGCUCCUGCCACCAGACAGUCCUACCAGCGCUGUGGACAUCUUCUCUGCAGGCUGCGUGUUCUACUACGUGCUUUCUGGUGGCAGCCACCCCUUUGGAGACAGUCUUUAUCGCCAGGCAAACAUCCUCACAGGGGUGCCCUGUCUGGCUCACCUGGAGGAAGAGGUCCACGACAAGGUGGUUGCCCGGGACCUGGUUGCAGCCAUGUUGAGCCUGCUGCCACAGGCACGCCCCUCUGCCCCCCAGGUGCUGGCCCACCCUUUCUUUUGGAGCAGAGCCAAGCAACUCCAGUUCUUCCAGGAUGUCAGUGACUGGCUGGAGAAGGAGUCCGAGCAGGAGCCCCUGAUGAGGGCACUGGAGGCAGGAGGCUGCGCGGUGGUCCGGGACAACUGGCACGAGCACAUCUCCAUGCCGCUGCAGACAGACCUGAGAAAGUUCCGGUCCUAUAAGGGGACAUCAGUGCGAGACCUGCUCCGUGCUGUGAGGAACAAGAAGCACCACUACAGGGAGCUCCCAGUUGAGGUGCGACAGGCACUUGGCCAAGUCCCUGACGGCUUCGUCCAGUACUUCACAAACCGCUUCCCACGGCUGCUCCUCCACACGCACCAAGUCAUGAGGAGUUGCGCCUCUGAGAGCCUCUUCCUGCCCUACUACCCACCAGACUCAGAGGCCAGGGGGCCAUGCCCUGGGGCUGCAGGGAGGUGA